GUACUUGCAUUCUCAGUGCUUUGAUAUCCCUCAGAACUGGUUCGACAAUCACUAUACUACAACAUUUGUCUUAGGAGCUUGAAAACGCUUAAUAUCAAUGGCCGAUUCACGCCUGAAGAUCCUCAAGAACAAAAAUGAAAUUCAGACUAAACAGCUGAGGCGAGAGUUAGCUCAAUUGCUCGAAGCUGGGAACAGCUUUACCAAUGGUGAAUUCGCGCCUGAAGAUCCUCAAGAACAAAAAAGAGAUUCAGAUUAAACAGCUGAGUCGAGAGUUAGCUCAAUUGCUCGAAGCUGGGAACACCCCUAAGAUAGAAUCCGGGUAAGAACAACUUGAAUCUUUGUUUCAAUCAUGUUGUGUAUUGAUCACAUUGUGAAUGUAUCCACACUACUUUUGGUUUCACUCAUGUUGUUUGUUGAUGAGAUUGUGAAUGUGGUUUUGUUAUGUUUCUCUUUCUAUCUCUCAGGUGGAAGAGAAGACAGUGGCUGCCUAUGAACUCAUUGGUAUCUACUGCGAACUCAUUGUUGUUCUUUAGGUGUUAUCGGGUCUCAAAAGUAAGCACAAGUUAGCUUCUUUUUGGUGAACAUUAUUAUAAAGUCUUCGUUUUUUGUUCUGUGUAUAAUGUGCUGAUCAUUGUGAUCAAUACUUACAGAAACUGCCCCAUUCAUCUGAAAUAAGCGGUUGCGAGCGUAUUAUUCACUUUCCAGAGGUUAUCAGAUGUCCCUGAGCUCUCAAAAAUCGUUAAGCAAUUCACGACCAAGUACUGGAAGGAUUUUCUAUACUGGAAGUUGAUCCUUCCCGUACUUUAUGAGACAGUGUAAUAGAAGUUAAUAAGGAUUUGCUCAUAUAUUUCUCUAUAAAACCCAUUAUCUCAACACCAUCAACCUCACACCCAUCAAAGAAGACUCCAAAGAAAUCCAGCAAAGAAAAGACAAUGGCUCCUCCAACAACCCUCGCUGUCCCAACAACGUUUGACGACCUCGAAGGAGAUUUCUGUAACAAGGAUGUUUUUGUCAGACUGAUUCAUUGCUGGGAAGCCCGAAACUUCAAAAAGGCGAACAUACUCAUGGGAGUUGAGUUGCUCCUCAUAGACUCAAAGUCAACAACCAUUCAGGGGUUUAUCUCCACACACUUCCUUCCCCGCUUCAAAGAGGACCUGAAACCCAACACAGUUUACAAGCUCAACGGGUUCAGCAUCAGACCUUCCAAAUCAGUUUACAGAGUCUCACCACAUAAACACGGGAUCAGCUUCAACAACAAGACAACCUUCGCUCCUGUUCAUGAAGUGGACUACCAGAUUGAUUCUCAGCACUUUCGUAUACGCGAUCUCCAAGCGUUCACCGACAUUGUUGAUAAACACACAGAUCUUCUCGAUAUCAUUGGCUUUUUGCGAGUCAUCAAUGGGGACAACUUAGAGACUCAGACACCCAUGGCUACUGCCCCAGCACCUGCUGGUGAAAGAUCAAAGGAUAUGGUCUUCUUGCAUGUCCAACUUGAAGACGGCGAGACAGCUCGUGUUUAUCUGUGGGACAAAAUUGCUGCUGCUUUCCGAAGUAGAUGGAAUGAUAGCAAGACAAAACCGACAGUAAUCUUGCUCACCACUCUCAAUUCAAAAACACUUGGAGGUGUUGUUACCCUAAGCUCCACAGCCUCCACACGCCUCUUCUUUGACUCGGACAUCAUUGAGACAGAAAAAUUAUUAAGGUUUGAAGCUGAUGGAAAAAUCCCACCAACUGUCAACAGCUCCUCCGCUGCAGUUACUAAAGUGGAGACAGUGACAUUGAAAGAAAUUCACAAAUUCUUAGAAAAUGAGUCACCACAGGUUUGGCCUUCCUCGCACACAUUAAAAUUAUUUCUUUAUUAUUCUUAGU